CACUUUUAAGCCCCCUGUCUAUGCGAGAAAACUCUGAUUCGGAACUCUUCAGAGUAGAUGUUCCUGUUGAGAAAAUCUCGCGCGUUUCCUCAAAUAGAGUGGGACUUUACGCAAUGAAACACGUCACCUGAUCGCGUUUGGCACCACGUCACGCGUUCAAUUAGUGCUAUUCUUGGCACAUCUGAUCUCAACUCUUCUCCAACGGUCAACAGAUUUAAGUAUGGCGUCUUGCCUCGCUUCCUUAUACCCCUUCUCUCGCGCCACCAACAUCUCUGAAGACGACAUGCCGCUUCCUGAAAAGCCCAUCGAGAACAUCCACCCGGAAAACAACACCCUUCCUCAUCUCACCUCCGACCAGGCUGCAGAGGGGCUUGUGGCUCUCGUCGACCAUAGUGCGAACCACACGGAUGUAUCCCAGGGGAUUCAUGCCAGCUCUCACACCAUCUUCUCCAUUCCGUGGAUUCACAAGCUCAUACCGGGUAUCGAGAAACUUGCCAAUGCCUAUCACAUUGGCAACUUCGUCGCCAUUCGUGGCUCGAAGGACCAGAUCUUCGAAGCCAUGCCCAUCUAUGCCAGAAUCGGGAUGCACCUCCUGUUCUACGGUAGCGGCCAGAUCAAGGUCCUUCACUGGCAGCACAUCGAGGAUCUUCUUCGGGAACAGUCAAUCAAGGAGGGCAAAGUAUAUGACAGCCCCGAGUCGACGGCUUCCAUCGCCUCCUUCGUGAAGACGUAUGAACUCAGCACUGACGAGUUGCUCGAGCCCGAUCUCUCCAAAUACAAGACCUUCAAUGAGUUCUUCUUUCGCAAACUCAAAUCUGACGCACGACCUGUUGCCCAUCCUGGGGACUCCUCGGCCUUCUGCAGCGCAGCAGACUGCCGCUUGACUGUUUAUCCUAGUAUUGAUCUGGCCAAAGAAUUCUGGGUCAAAGGUCACUGCAACUCCACCCUGCUCCUCUCCGCGUCUCAUUUGGCCAUGUACAGGUCGCCAGUUCACCGUUCCCAAUUUGCUUGGCGUCGAGCCAAACUCCGAGAAGGCUAUCACCUUUGAAGGAUCCAGUCUGGCUAUCUUCCGUCUUGCACCAUCUGAUUACCACCGCUUCCACUCCCCGUUGGACGGUACCGUUGGGGAGACGGUGCACAUUCCCGGACAGUAUUACACCGUGAAUCCACAGGCGGUGAACGAACCCGGUUUCGAUGUGUUCACUGCCAACUCCCGUUCGGUUCUCUAUCUAACUCACAGCGGUACCGGCCUCCCCGUUGCUUUCGUUGCGAUUGGUGCGCUUCUGGUUGGAAGCAUCCGUUGGACGAAUGGCGGCGAGCCAGGAGAGACGAUCAAGCAAGGCGAAGAACUGGGGUAUUUUGCGUACGGCGGAAGCACCGUUGUGGUCCUUUUCCCCAAGGGCGUCAUUGCAUUCGACGAUGAUCUCGUUUCGAACUCCGCGGUCCCCGUCGAGACUCUGGUGAAGGUCGGGUGGUCCCUUGGAAAGACCCCAAGCAAAGCAUAAAUUCCGAUUAAGUUCGUAUGCGACGUCUACAUGUGGAUUUUCGCCUGGGGAUUCAGUGAAUAUCGUGCCUUCCUGAUAUACGUUAUACCCAUAUCUGUGUGCAUACCUUAUUGAUAAAUUGGAUCAUAAAUAUUUCUUAGCUUGGGAUCAAUGUGUCCUCCUCCACUCGGCCAGCAUCUCUACACUGAUCAUUUUAAGCCCCCAGCGAUCGGCGAACGCCCUGCAGUCGUCGCGGCGAGCCAUCGUCCCUUGCGCAUCGUCGUUCACGAGUUCGCACAGCACACCUGCGGGAGGCAGCUUCGUGAGCCGGCACAGAUCGACCCCGCUUUCCGUGUGGCCCUUUCGUGCCAAAACGCCGCCUUCCACCGCACGCAGGGGCACCAUGUGGCCCGGACGUGUAAAAUCCGCCGGGACGGAAGACGGAGAGGCGAGAGCCCGGGCGGUGCGGCUUCGGUCUCCCGCAGAGAUCCCGGUGGUCACUCCUGUGCGCGCGUUCGGUAUGUGAGAGUAGAGCGCAUGGCGGGACACGCACCGUGUUUGUAGUCGACCGUGACCGUGUAUGCGGUACGAUGUCUCUCCUGGUUAUCCGGAACCAUCAUCGGGAUGUCGAGCUCCUUUAGUCUGUCCCCUGGGAGUGCGAUGCAGAUGUAGCCACUUGUUACAAGCUAAGUACACCGAAUGCAUUCACACAUCCGCCAGUUAGUUGCGCACCUGGUGUGUUUGAUCAUCCAUGCCAUUUUUUCGGUCGUGCAGUGGGCUGCAGCAAUUAUGAGAUCGCCCUCGUUCUCUCGAUUCUCAUCAUCCAUGACCACCAGAAACUCUCCGGCCUCAAACGCCGCCAGAGCAUCCUCCAUAGC